UUCAGAAUCAACAAACAUCUCCACAACAUUCAUAACAUUAAAAUCGACGACUAGUUUUCUAUUAUUUUUCUCUUUUCCACUAGUAACUAUCUUCAAACACUCUGUUCGAUUCUGCAUAAAUGGCUUCUUUUUCAUCCCUUGUGGCUAUCAUCCUCUCAUUCAUCUUCUUAUGCUCUCUCGCCGCUGCAAAUGAAGUCACCGUCGGUGGAAAAUCCGGCGACUGGAGAAUCCCUCCUUCCUCUUCUUACUCAUUCACGGAAUGGGCUCAAAAAGCUCGCUUCAAAGUCGGCGACUUUAUCGUUUUCCGGUAUGAAGCUGGUAAAGACUCUGUUUUGCAAGUAACGCAAGAAGCAUACAAGAGCUGCAACACCACGAACCCUUUAGCUAACUACACCGACGGAGAGACCAAGGUGAAAUUGGACAGGUCCGGUCCAUUUUACUUCAUUAGUGGAGUCGAUGGUCACUGUGAGAAAGGUCAGAAGCUGAGCCUCGUCGUGGUUAGUCCGCGUCACAAAGCUUUUUCUCCGGCUCCUUCUCCUGUUGAGUUCGAAGAUGGUCCAUCCGUGGCUCCAGCUCCUACUAGUGGCUCAGCUAGGCUUGGUGGUGGGUUUGCUGCCGUGUUAGGUCUUGUUCUUGGUCUAUGGGUUUGGUUCUAAUUUGGGACCAUGUGGGUUAGGUUUGUGCUUUAUGGAUGAGCUUUUUGUUUCAGAAAAGCUCUUUUAGUUUCUCUUUUUAUGAUUACAUCUUGUUAGCUUUAGAGAUCUUUGUUGGUCUUGGUUCCUCACUACUAUAUUUUAUAAUUAAAUUAAAUUUAUUGUUUAUCAAGA